AGUUGCCAAGCUCAGUUCAAGUUUUCUUUUUCCGCUCACCCCUUUUUUAAUCGACGGCUCGGUGCAGAGAAUAACAUGGGAAACAACUUUGUGAGAUGGAUUCUGACGCUUUACAUGUUUUGCUCAGUGUCAGGUGAAGGCUGCUCCCUCAUCCUGAAGCCCUCCAGGGUCGUGGUGGGCUUCGGGGAGCCGGUGACGGUGAGCUGUGAGGCCGCCCGCCCGGUGCGUGUCCUGGGGUGGGAGUCGACCAUCAGCGCCUCGCACACCCAGCAGGACCUUUCCAUCCAGUGGAAGGUAGACAGUCUCAUCGACUGGAUAGAGGAGCCCAUCUGCUAUGGGGUGUUUUUCACAGCUCCCAGACAGUGUGAGGAGAAACUCAAUCUCGUCCUAUACAAAACCCCGGAUCGUGUUUCCAUCCGGCCUGUGAACCAUACGGGCCACAUGGUGGAGGGAAUGGAGUACCAGCUGCUCUGCGAGGUUCAAAAUGUUGCUCCUGUUCAGUAUCUGAACCUGAGGUGGUACAGAGGGCAGAGUGAAGUGUAUAACCACUCCUUCGCUGACCUCACGUCCUCCUCGCCUGUCCAAGUGUCCUCCAUCCUCGUCGUCACGCCGACCAGAGCAGAGAACGGAGCGCAGUACAGGUGUGUGGCAGAGCUGGAGCUCGGACCAGAGGGACCACAACCACCUCCCACUGUGGCCUCCGAGCCUCUCAAUGCCUCUGUGUACUUUCCCCCGAUGUUCCUCAGUCCUGAACCAGAAGUGCUUGAUCUCAAAUUGGGCGCUGAAAUCUCCUUAAACUGCACUGCCACGGGAAAUCCCACCCCGGUGUACAGCUGGCAGUCCUCCCAUCAUACGCAGGAGACGAUGGAGGACGAGGCAGUUCUUACCUUUUCCUCACUGGUCCCGGGGACCUACAUCUGCACCGCCUCCAAUGCACUGGGCAAGAAGAGCAAGCAGUUCAUUGUCAAGGCCAAGACUAAAGGCGUUUGAAACGAGUGAUCUUCAGAUGGGAUCGCAGGACCACAUUGGAGAUACAAGGGGUUUUUACUGUUGCUGCUUUGGAGACAGGAAUGACAAUACGUUAAUACAACUCAACAGAUAUUUAUGAGGAUCUUGCUUUCAUCCAGAAUCAGAUCUCAUAAAGAGAAAGACCAGAAUAUACUAUAUUCCCCAUUUACUAUCUCAGUAUUUUAACAUGAAUUUAUUUUCAUCUUCAGUCUACUGUUAAUGCUCUCCAUGUGAUAUCCUGUAUCUAAUGUAUAUUUUUGCUUCACUUAUUUGCCCAAUAAUAGCAUUAUCAUGUAGCACUAAAUAUUAGCAACACAUAAUAUAGCACUUAUGACUACAUUACUGUUAAUGUAUGCUUGUAAAUGAAAUACUGUCACUUUAAUACUCAAUGUUAAAGAUAUGUACUGUAAAU